AGAUACACUUUGAAAAGAAAACAAAAAUUGUUCUCACAAAUCAUAUUAAGGUUUAAGGGGAUUCUCUACUUCAAAGUGAUAGAAAACCAAAGUAUAAAGGCAUGACUUACUUUUAUUUAUUAGCUUUUAAUGUACUGUGACAUCAGAAAAUCUAACAUAAUUUUUUUAGGAAAUGGAAAAUAUUAGGUACGUUAAUUCAGGUAAAAGAAAGAUAUACAGAUUUUUUUAAUAAUGAAUUUUGAAUAAUUUCCUUAGUAAACUGUUCUUCAAAAUUGUCUCAAUUUACAUAUAGCAAAUAGUUCAUGAUGGAUCAUUGGUGGCAUACUGAAAACAAAUUCACUCAUCCCAGGUCACUGGACUAGAGGUAUGAUUGAAAUCAAUCAUUCUCUUUUCCGCCUCUAGCAUUGUACACCUGUUAUAAGAAGCAUAGUUCACAGAAACCUUAUUAUACCAAUAUUAUAAAAAGGAAAUUGUGCAUGCAUAUAAGAGAAAAAUCAAUGUUAGAUUGUACACAAGUGAUUCUAGAUUGUGUUAGGUGUAUAAGAUGCACUAGAUAGAUGCACUAGAUAGAUGCAGUAGAUGGUGUAGUCUGGGGCACUGAGUAAAUGUUAUUAGGUAUCAUUACACAAAAAUAUGAUUUACAUAGAGGAAAGAUUUAUAUAUCUGUGCAUAUUCAAAAAUAAUAAUGGACUUAACAUGAAACUGGGAAAAGAAAUCAAAGAAGUCAUAACCUGAGGCAAUAUAUUUUAUUAGCAUUCCAAAGUAAUUUUCUUUAAAAAUCAGCAGUCCAUACUUCAUCCUUAGUGAUUUCCAUGCAAUUCCUAAGAUAUAAAUUUAACCUAUCCUUUUACUCCAUUAAAACCUUCACUCUCCUGGGAAAAUAUAUAAAAAUGUUGCUCCAUUUAAAAAAUGUGUACACAUAUAUGUGUAUAUGUAUAUACACACACACACAUAUAUAUAUACACAUAAAAAAGAUUUUAUAUUUAUUUUAUGCUAAUCUAACACAAAAACUGACACAUAUUAUUUGGGAAUACUGAAUCAAAAAUGGGUACCUUAGAUAUGCACAGUAUUUCUCACAAAUUUAUAAGUACAAGUCUUUUCCACUGUAAGCAUGAUCCUUAGAAUUAACAAACAUUUCUGGGAAUCCUGAGCUUCAGAGUCAAGAUCUUAAAACUUACAUUACAUAUCCUAUAGGUAUGUGUUCCUGUAUACCAGAGGAAAUGGGAGAAAUUUGAAGAAGAGCUCCACUCCUCAUAAAAAGAAAACCUGGAAGGGAAAAGUAUACACACUCUAAUUUCAAAACUUUUAUCUCCACAAUUCCCAUGUCAACAGAGGUGGAUAUGACUGAGGAUAACCACUCCUUGACAACUGAAUUUAUCCUCAUAGGAUUUACUGAUCACCCAGAGCUGAGGAUCAUCCUGUUUCUGGUGUUCCUUACCAUCUACCUGAUCACCAUGGUGGGAAACCUUGGUCUGGUGGCACUGAUAUUUACAGAGCAUCGUCUUCACACACCAAUGUACAUCUUUCUGGGCAACCUCGCUCUGAUGGAUUCCUGUUGUUCCAGUGCCAUCACCCCCAAGAUGCUACAGAACUUCUUUUCCAAGGACAGAAUCAUUUCCCUCUAUGAAUGCAUGGCACAAUUUUAUUUUCUCUGCUUUGCUGAAACUGCAGACUGCUUUCUCCUAGCAGCAAUGGCCUUUGAUCGCUAUGUAGCCAUCUGCAACCCACUGCAGUACCACACCAUGAUGUCCAAGAAACUCUGCCUUCAGAUGACCACCGGGGCCUACAUAGCUGGAAACAUGCAUUCCAUGAUUCAUACAGGCUUUCUCUUUAGGUUAGCUUUCUGUAGAUUUAAUCAAAUUAAUCACUUUUUUUGUGAUGUUCUUCCAUUAUUCAAACUCUCCUGUGUUGAUACUUAUAUCAAUGAAUUGAUGGCAUUUAUCUUUGCUGGGUCAGUUUUGAUCUUCUCUAUCACCAUAGUAAUAAUAUCUUACCUUUUCAUCCUUUUCACAAUUUUCACAAUGAAAUCCAACAAGGGAAGAGGCAAAGCCUUAUCCACCUGUGCAUCCCACUUUCUCUCUGUCUCAAUAUUCUAUGGUUCUCUUCUCUUCAUGUAUGUUCGACCAAAUUCCAGGAAUGAAGGAGAUAAAGCUAUACCUGCUGCUAUUUUUUAUACUCUCAUGAUUCCUUUAUUAAACCCUUUUAUUUAUAGCCUAAGAAAUAAGGAAGUAAUAAAUGUUACCAAAAAAAUUAUGAAGAUUUCAUAACAUUAUGAAACAAAUACUAUUCCAUAUGGAUAACUGAUUUGAAUCUGAUUAAACUUUUUUCUGAAUCAACAGCAUUGAGAAGGUGGAAAAUGAGUGUUUCAUAUAUAACAUUAAAUUACUAAAACAUGAUGGUGUAUCAAUCAAAUAACCAAGUGUAAAUGGUAUUUCAAAAUCUAAGCUGCAAGGUUUCAUCAGGAGUGAGCUAAAAAAUUACCCUUCAGGUCAAAAUUGUGUCAGGGUGUAAUUAGUUACACUUCAUUACUAUGUUUCAGAGUAUAGUACGUUGCAAAUUUCAACAAAUUCCACAAAUGCAAGGAAUUAAAAUCACUACAUAUAAAGGUCACCUCCAUUUAAUAUUUUUGCAUAAUUUCUGGAAUCCCAAGGCGUAAUCAUACAAAUUCCUCAUAUCCCAAAUCUGCUUCAGCAACACCAUCUGACAAAAUUAAACUAUAUACUUCAAUUUGAUUCUCAAUUUUUAAUUGUUACAAAGAUUGUUUCAAUAUGAAAUCACAGAGAAUAUAUAUUCCAUAAUCAAGAACAUUUUCCUCUUUAGAAUUAGUGAAUUUUCUCUCAAGUUCUCUAAAAAUUGCAUUGUCUGAACAUUCGUGGCACAUAAAUCUCUAUUGAAGAUGAUACUACUUAUAUUGACAUCACUAUGGAUUUGAUAUUUUCAUGUAGUUCGAAUGGUUGACCACCAUAUAUGAUGGUGCAAUUCCUGAACAUAUACUUAUAUAAAACUUUUUCUGUCUGAUAUUAUUACUUGUCCUGCUUGUUAUUAAGAAUACCAUCACACCUGAACUGAUUCCAACAUAAUUUUUUGUUUUAUCUUUUUAGGGCCACACAUGUGGCAUAUGGAUGUUCCCAGGCUAGGAUACAAUUGGA